UCGGUAAAUUUGAGAUCCGUUUUAUGCCAUUAUUUUGCCGUUACAGCCAAUUAUUUGACAUAGUUCUUUCUUUUUGUUCAGUCCCUGAUCGACAAGCAAUGGCUGAUGAGGAGAUUUGCAAUAUACCCCCUUCGAAGAAUUUUUCUUCGAGGGAUAAGACCAAGAUUAUUUCGUCUGUGAUCAAGGUCGUUCCCGAGGAGUAUAUGGAGCAAUUUCCUCCAGCUGCGGAAGCUCAGUUUAGGGAUAUUCAGGCGACCCUCUUGGAUUUGCUGAUCAAGGCCGAAGGCUGCAAGCAUUGGUAUGCCCACGUGAUGCCGGGGUCCUCUCAACCCAAUCCUACAAUAAGGAGGACGAUGCCAAGAUCUAAGAGGCGGCAUCCCUGAGGCAGCGGGCGUCACAAUCUGGAAGAGCUUGUUUCCGCCGCAUAGUGCGAGCUAGCCAAGGUCAAGGGUGAGGCUAAGGAGGCCGAAGCUGAGACAAGGGAGAAGACUCGUCGUGCCUGGGAUGCAUUCAUGGACGAGUUUUCGUUUUCUUAGUUUGAGUGGCGAAUGGAGAAACAGGGCGCUAUCAUCGUGGUUGAGAAAUUGGGCCUUCCUCCUCCCGUCUUCGAGGACUCCGAUGCUGAAAGCGAGGAAGUAAACUAGCCAGUUCAAAUUGGGGAGACGUCCGUUCAGCCUUUGCCUCCGCCUGCCGAUAGUCCUGGUCCAGAUAGUGUUGACGUAUCGGCCUCUGCCAACUCUCCUUCUGUCCGGCCUUGACUCCUUCCUCCCCUCUUAAAAAUGUAUUUUCAACGCCGUGGGCGCUUGUAAUGAACUAUUUUUUAUUUUGCGCUGUUGUGCGCUGGUUGUUUUAAC